AUGUCAUCCACAACGCCCCGGCGACGCCUGAACAUCAACAACAUCAACCCACACAUCAAGGCGGCCAAGUAUGCCGUGCGCGGCGAGCUCGCCGUCAAGUCGGAAGAGUACCGCUCUUACCUCCAGGGUGGGCUCACCGACCUGCCCUUCGACCAGGUCAUCUCGGCCAACAUCGGCAACCCCCAGCAGCUCGACCAGAAGCCCAUUACAUUCUUCCGCCAGGUCCUGAGUCUGCUGGAAAACCCGACCCUUCUUAGUCAUGAGGACGUGCUGCUGAACCAGCUGGGCUACAAGCCUGACGUUCUCGAGCGCGCGAGGAGGCUCCUCAAAAGCGUCGGCUCUGUCGGUGCUUACAGCGCUAGCAAUGGCGUUCCCGCUAUCAGACAGAGCAUUGCUAAGUUCCUCGAAGAACGUGAUGGCUUUCCCGCAAACAAGGCGGACAUCUACCUUUCUGCCGGAGCUUCGUCAGGAGUUAACACCCUCCUGCACGUCCUCUGCGCCGACGAAAAUUCGGGCAUCCUUGUCCCCAUCCCCCAGUACCCCCUUUACACCGCCUCUCUUGCCGUGUUGAACGCCAAGUGUGUCCCCUACCUUCUGGACGAGGCCAGGAACUGGGGCACUGAUCUUGCCACCAUCAAAGAGGCCAACGAGAAAGCCAAGGCCGAGGGUAUCGACGUGCGCGCAAUUGUCAUCAUCAACCCGGGCAAUCCCACGGGCGCCUCCCUGCCUGAGGAGGACAUCCGCGCCGUCAUCGACUACGCCCAGCAGGAGCACUUGGUCAUCCUCGCCGACGAGGUGUAUCAGACCAAUGUGUUUGUUGGCGAGUUCAUCAGCUUCAAGCGCAUGCUGCGCCAGCUGCAGAAGGAGAAUCCAGGCAAGUACGACUGCGUGGAGCUCGCAUCGCUCCACUCGGUUUCUAAGGGCAUGGUGGGCGAGUGCGGCCACCGCGGCGGCUACUUUGAACUCGUCAACUUCGACCCAGAAGUGCAGGCCGAGAUCUACAAGUUUGUCAGCAUCAUGCUCUGCGCCCCUGUCAUCGGCCAAUGCUUGGUGGAGCUUAUGGUGAACCCGCCCAAGCCGGGCGAGCCGAGCCACGAUCUCUACAGAAAGGAGUAUGACGGCAUCUUCAACGGCCUCAAGGAGCGGGCCAUGGCCCUGCACAAGGCUUUUGAGCAAAUGGAAGGCGUCGAGUGCGGCUCGCCCCAGGGCAGCAUGUAUCUCUUUCCCACAAUCAACCUGUCUCCCAAGGCUGCCGAGGCUGCCGCCCAGGAGGGGCGCACCGCCGAUGAGUUCUACUGCAUGUGUAUGCUUGAGGCCACGGGUGUCUGCGUUGUCCCCGGCUCCGGGUUCGGGCAGAAGGAGGGCAGCCUACACUUCCGCACGACCUUCCUCGCGCCCGGAACCGAGUGGGUCGGGUCAAUCAUCAAAUUCCACCAGGAGUUCAUGGGCAAGUACCGCUGA